UUUUAUUGAACAGAUCCUACAUGCCAGGCACUUUAUGCAACAUUUCCAUGACAGUUAUUGUUAGUCUCAUUUUGCAAAUGAGGAAAUGGGUCUCAGAAAAGAUACGUAACUUGCCAAAGUUCACAGGGCUAGUAAAUGGCAGAGCUACACUUCAUAAAUAGUUCUUUCUGACUCCAACACCCCCAGCUGCCUGAGAGUUAGAAGAAGGUAAGGUGCCCCAUCCCAUCCUCCUUAGGGCGUGGCAGGUAGCGGGGGUGGGGGCACGAUACUUCAGCCCCCCAGGGUGGCUGAUGGACCUUCGGACCCUUCCAGAUUUUCCGCAGCCACCCACAAACCUGCAGCUGUUCGAGGAGGUCCCCAACACGGUGACUCUGACCUGGAACCACAGCCCCGACGUGCAGGAGGACAGCGAGGCCCACUACGUCAUCAUGAAGCGGGACGUCAGCACCGCCAUCUGGUUCACUGUGGCCGAGCACGUCUUCAGCAACAAGUACACGGUGACCGGGCUGCUCCCCGGCAGGAAGUACUACUUCCGAGUGCUGGCCCGGAACGAAAUCAGUGACGGCGACCCGCUGGACUCCAGGGAUACCUGGCUCGUCAACAAGGACAAGAGUGAGUCUGGGGACUUGGGGGUUCAGGUAACGUCUGUGAUCCCUGAUGGCGGGGAUGAAAUAAGGGUUGCAAGGGGUACCCAAGAUUUGAGGUAAAAUCUGAG